AUGUCUCUUCUCUCUUUUCAGAGCAACGGAUCAUUGGUUUGGUGUCAGAAUCACAAGCAGUGCUCAAAGUGUCUGGAGCCUUGCAGGGCAUCAUGGGACCUGAAGGAGAACCAGUGUCAGGACUUGUGUGAGACUCAGUUCCCGAAGAAGCAUUACGAGUGUUUGACGAGCUGCGAGUUCCUGCGCUCCGUUCAGACGCUGAAGCCGGGGGACUGUCCUGCGGCGGAGCGCGCGAGCGGAUUCGCAGCGGCUUGCGUGGAGAGCUGCGAAACAGACGCCGAGUGCACGGCGCUGAAGAGAUGCUGUCCGAACGGAUGCGGACACACCUGCCAGAUCCCCAAGAACCCCUAUAAAGGAUCUCCUCUGAAGCCGCGGAAGGAGCUGCUGUUUGUGGAGCAGCCGUCAGGACUGCUGGAGGUUCGCUGGUCGUCCCGCUUUAACGUCUCCGUGGAGCCGGUGCUUUACGUGCUGCAGCGACGCUGGAACUUCGGCAUCCAUCCCAGCGAAGACGACGCUACGCCGUGGCAGGACAUCGCUCAGGUUGCUGAAGAGCGCGUGCUGCUGAGCGACGUCCGGCCGAGCAGGUGGUAUCAGUUCCGCGUGGCGGCGGUGAACGUUCAUGGCACCCGCGGCUUCACGGCUCCCAGCAAACACUUCCGCUCGUCCCGAGACCCGUCUCCUCCUCCCGCUCCGUCUGGACUGAGAGCGACUCACAUCACGAUGGGACCCGGCAGCCUGCUGACUGUCCGGAUCAGCUGGACUCUUCCCGCGGAGCCCGACGUUCCCGUCCAUCUCUACAAGAUCUACUGGAGCUGGACGGUCCCGGGGAAAUCAGCCAUGCUGUCCUGGAGGAGGAGGAGGAAGACCAGCGACGGGGCCAGAAGCUCGGUGGAUCUGGAAGGUCUUCAGGCAAACAGCAGCUACAGUGUGGAGGUCCAGGCCAUCUCAUACUGGGGCCAGAUUCGACUGAAGAGCGCCAGAGCCUCUGUCCAGUUCAACACGCAACUCCACAACCAGACAAAGGCUGUAUCUAAGGCUCCUGAGCUGGGUUUGGUGUCCAUGAAGCGAGCCGCCGGCGCUCUGGAGGUCGGUACGCCGUAUUAUCAGGACAGACAGCUGCAGGUCCACAUCUACUGGAAGAAGAGAGGAGAGGCUGUAUCUAAGGCUCCUGAGCUGGGUUUGGUGUCCAUGAAGCGAGCCGCCGGCGCUCUGGAGGUCGGUACGCCGUAUUAUCAGGACAGACAGCUGCAGGUCCACAUCUACUGGAAGAAGAGAGGAG